AUGGACGGUUUCCGACUUGUGCCAGAUCGCAAGUAUGCAUUCUUUCAACACAGCGCCAGCGAGCUACUCUGUGCAUACACUUAUCCGUACGCAAGCGCGAAAGAGCUGCGCAUAUGCUUCGACUUGGUCAACGACGCUUAUUCGACUGGUCACGUCUUGUUGAACGCGCUGCAGAACCCCCAUUGGAACAACGAUUCUAUCUGGGCAAGAACGUGCAAGGAUCUCAGCAGGCGGCUUCAAGAAUAUGAUAUGCCUGCCAACCAUCGCCGUUUGCUGAAACACUGCAAGCAUUAUAUCGCUGCCGCUGCUUUAGAAGCUAAAGUUAGGGAACGCAACGAAGCUCUCGCUUUCGAGCGGUACAUGGCCGCGCUACGUAGAGAGAAUAGCGCUGUUCGUUUCUGCUUUGGACUGUUCGGUUUCGUGUUGGGGCACGACCUACCCGAUGAAGUCUUCGAGCAUCCCGUGAUGAUGCGAAUGCAUCUCUCGGCCGUUGACAUGGUGUUUUAUUCAUACAACGUAGAGCAAGCCAUGGGCCACACAACCAACAAUAUCAUGACGAUACUCAUGAAGGCGGAGAAUUGCGACCUCCACACCGCUUCAGAUCUCUCCGAGGAGUACUUCAGGAAGCUCAUGAAUGAUUUCCAAAAGGACAUGGCACAGUUGCCAUCGUGGGGCCCUGUCAUGGACGCGAUCGUCACCAAAUUCGUGAUGGCAAUGGAAUAUUGGGUGGUUGAGAGUAUUCACUGGAGCUUCGAGACGAUAAGAUAUUUCGGUCCGGAACGGGAUGAGGUGAAGCGCACACGGAUUGUCAGACUGUGCCGAAAGCAUCCGCAAUUCUGA